AUGGAUAAUGGUCUCAAUCUCAUUCCCUCCUGUAGGGCAGUCUCUUCUGACCCAGUGGUAAUACAAGCCAGGGUGGCAAACUUUGAGGUUGGAAAGGUAUAUUUAGAUAAUGGAAGUUCCUCCGACAUAAUAUAUGACCAUUGUUUUCAAAAGUUACAUCAAAGAGUUCGAGAUCUUAAGCGUCCAUCAAGGACUCAGCUUAUCAGUUUCAUGGGGGAGUUUAACAGGCCGGUAGGAGAAGUUUCAAUGGAGGUUAUAAUGGGAGAAUACCCGUUUCACCGGAUUGAACUCAUUGAGUUCAUGAUAAUAAGAGCCCCCUCUGAUUAUAAUGUCAUACUAGGCAGACCUUCCAUGCAAAAGUUUGGGGCAAUUCCAUCAACAGUUCAUGGAAUGGUGAAUUUCCCAACUCCAGCUGGAAUAGCUAUAAUUCGAGGACGAAUGACUUGGCCAGAAGAGUGCAGGCAAGUUGAAAAAGUUCUACCAAGAAAGGUUGAAAAAUUACAAGAAAUUCAAAUGCAAGAUGGUCCCGAAGAAAAGGUGAUAAUCAACAAGAAAUUUCCAGAACAACCUGUAAUCAUCGGGUCACAACUUCCAAGAAGAAUCAAGGAAGAGUUGGUUCACUUGUUAAAAAAUAAUUUGGACGUCUUUGCAUGGCAGACAUCUGAUAUGACAGGAGUCCCAAGGGAGUUAGCUGAGCAUGCAUUAAAUGCCAAUCCCAACAUUUCACCAAUAAGACAAAAGAAGAGGGGAAUGUCUCAAGAUAGAAGCAAAGCUGCAUGUGAGCAAGUCAACGAAAUGGUGGAAGCUGGAAUUCUUAGAGAAGUUAAAUAUCAAACCUGGGUAGGCAACCCAGUCAUGGUAAAAAAGCCAGAUGGUUCUUGGAGACUUUGUGUAGAUUUCAAAGACAUCAACAAAGCUUGCCCGAAAGAUAACUACCCUCUCCCAGAUAUUGACUGGAAGGUGGAAUCUCUUGAUGGGUUUAAAUUAAAAUGUUUCCUGGAUGCUUAUAAAGGGUACCAUCAAAUUUCUAUGAAGAAGACAGAUGAAGACAAGACAGCCUUCCAUACAGUCCAAGGAAUUUAUUGUUUUGAGAAAAUGCCUUUUGGCCCAAAGAAUGCCGGGGCUACUUAUCAACGUUUGAUAGACAAGGCAUUCAAAGAUAAAAUUGGAAGGAAUGUGGAAGCCUAUGUGGAUGACAUUGUGAUAAAGAGUCAGGCUGAGGAAAUAAUGUUGGCAGAUGUACAAGAAACCUUUGACACCCUAAGAAGCAUCAAUAUGAAAUUAAAUCCGUCAAAGUGUAGCUUUGGAAUGGAAGAAGGAAAGUUUCUUGGACACAUUGUAACUCCUAAAGGAAUCAAGGCAAACCCUAAGAAAAUUCAAGCAGUAAUAGACAUGGCAUCCCCUCGAACCAAGAAGCAAGUUCAAAGUCUUAAUGGGAAGUUGGCUGCCCUAGCGAGAUUUCUGUCAAAGUCUGUUGAAAGAUCUUUACCUUUCUUUAGAACAUUAAAGGGAUGCUUAAGGAAGCAAGACUUCUCGUGGUCGGCCGAAGCAAAAGAGGCAUUCAAAGAUAUGAAGAAGUUCCUUGCUGAUCUCCCAACUCUCACGGCUCCGAUCGCAGGUGAAACACUUACUCUAUAUCUUGCUGCUUCUAAAGAAUGUGUUAGUGCAGUAUUACUUGCAGAAAGAAACAAUGGCCAAAUGCCAAUAUAUUUCGUAAGUAGAGCCUUAAAAGGCCCAGAAAUAAAUUAUCCAUGUUUGGAAAAAUUAGCUCUUGCCUUGGUCCACGCGGCCAGACGCCUAAGGCGAUACUUCCAAGGUCACCCUAUUCGGGUUCUGACUGACAAGCCAAUAAGAACGUCCAUCAAGGGCCAAAUCUUGGCUGAUUUCUUGGCGGAAACUGACUCUUCCGAUGUCACAGGAAAAGAAGUACAAGAGGUCCAGGCAACCCAGGAAGAGGAAAGCCCAAAGUGGACCCUCAUCACAGAUGGAGCAUCUAAUCAGGAAGGAUCUAGAGCAGGUCUUAUCUUAAUUGAUCCCAAGGAAAGAGAAUACACUUAUGCAUUAAGAUUCAACUUCCCAACAUCCAACAAUGAGGCAGAGUAUGAAGCACUCCUUGCUGGCCUCAGAAUGGCAAAACAAAUGGGAGUAAAGAAAAUACAAGUAUUUGUAGAUUCUCAACUAGUGGCAAACCAGAUCAAUGGCACAUUUGAAGCUUACCAAGCAUCCAUGCAACUUUACUUAGAAGAAACAAAGAAGCUUAUUGGAGAACUUGAGUCUUUUCAUAUAGAGCAAGUUAGAAGGAAUCAGAAUAAGAAGGCGGAUGCUCUGAGCAAGCUAGCUUCAUUAACCUUUGCUCACCUCACCAAAGAAGUCUUGGUUGAAGUCCUACAAGAAAAGUUUAUAACAAAAGGUAACGAAGUAUCUCAAGUUGAAGAGGAAGAAGACUGUUGGAUGACCCCAAUUUACAAUUUCAUCAAGAAUGAAACACUUCCAGAGGACAACCAUGAAGCUCAGAAGGUGAGAAUGAAGGCACCAAUGCCCCUCCCAAGCUCAAACUCUAAUUCAAGAAAUUCAUCGGGUACAUGCGGAAUUCAUGCUGGACCAAGAUCGGUGGCCACAAAGAUAAUGAGGCUUGGUUACUACUGGCCUUCAAUGAACAAGGAUGCCAAGGAAGAGAUAGAAAAGUGCCCAUUCCCGGUUGGAGUUGGAAAUGUAAAGUUCUUAAUAGUGGUUGUCGACUACUUUUCUAAAUGGGUCGAAGCUAAACCACUUGCUACAAUCACGGGCCAAAGGGUGAUCAACUUCGUUUGGGAAUACAUAACUACCCCAAGAGGAAGCACUAUGGAAACGCCAUUUAGUCUUGUCUAUGGAACCGAGGCAGUCAUCCCACCAGAACUAAGCAUUCCAAGUCAUCGCAUUGUAAACUUUAAUCCAGCCCAAAAUGAAGAAGCUUUGAGAGAGAACUUGAAUCUCAUUGAAGAGAGGAGAGAAGUCUUUCACAUCAAGUUAGCUGACAACAAACAAAAAAUGGCCAAGUAUUACAACAAGAGAGUCCACCAUGUGUUUUUCAAGCCGGGGGACACAUGGAAUGGGGCAAAUCUGAAAAAGUGUUAUGUUUAA